AUGAAGCUUCCCCCAGCCGAUGUGUUGGCGACAUGGCCAACACCGAAUUAUAUUGACCCUACCACCCGUGGGGAUUCUGUCCUUGUCGUGACCAUCGUCUUUUCCGCCAUAGCUUUUGUCAUCACUUGCCUCAGACUUUAUACUCGCAUCAAGAUAACAUGCAGCCCCGGCAUCGACGACAUUCUUAUCGUAGUCGCGCUAGCUUUUACGAUUGCGAUGUGCGUGGUCAUUUGCUUAGCCACUGAACGACAUGGAUGCAACCGACAUAUAUGGGACGUCCCCUUGGAAUGGCUUCCAACUGCCUCCAAAUUCAACCUCCUCUUUCAAAUCCUCUUUUCCCUAUCAUCCAGCAUCACGAAGCUCGCGCUAUUAUGGUUUUGCAAACGACUACUCGGAGCCGGUAGCAAGGGCCUCUAUACCACAUACAAUAUAGUGUUGAUCGGGGCAAUGGUCUUGGUGGCACUGCUGUGUAUUAUCUUUUUGUUUGUAUGCAUUUUCCAAUGCAGCCCGAUUCAUGCCUACUGGGACUUUCAGCCUACAUACCCUCAUCACUGUCUAAAUGACGGGGCCGUUGUAUUCGCCGCUAGUGUCGUCAAUAUCUUUACCGACUUCAUAUCCACGGUCAUCCCGAUGCCGUUGAUCUGGAAUCUUAAACUCCCGGCCCGGCAGCGAAUUGCUGUGAUGUCCAUUUUUAGCCUUGGAAUCGUGGUCAAUGUUGCCGGCACCGUUCGGACAGUCUAUGUUUAUAAGAGUAUGAUCGCCUCAUACGACAUGACUUGGUUCGGCUGGCCGGUCUUUCUCGCUGCAUCAAUAGAGAUCAAUCUGGGAUUGGUAUGUCUAGCAAAAUUCCUUUCGGCAAACGUUUUCUAA